AACCAGUACUAAGAAAAAAGGGAAGGGGGAGGGGAAGCUUGACGACGCAUAUAUCUCGUACAGCAACAACUCGAAGCUGCUGGCGGUCGGUCGUCUCUCUAUGCGAUGGUUUCCCUCUCCACCUGGUGCCGGUACAUAGCCCACAAGCUCGAGUACUCUGCCACUCUCAGCUUGAAGGGAAGGCUGACAUACUUGCAUUGGAAUAAAGGAGAGGAGAUGGCCCCUAGUAUAGGGGCACAAGGGGGAACUCUUCUUGUUCGGAAGAUACCAGCUGCAGAUCCAAAGCGUAUCUUUGUUGGGGAUGUAGUGGUCUUGAAGGACCCGGAGAAACCAGAUAGUUAUCUUGUCAGAAGAUUGGCUGCAAUUGAAGGGUAUGAAAUGUUGUCUACGGAUGAAAAGGAUGAGCCUUUUGUCCUUGACAAGGAUGAAUGCUGGGUGCUGGCUGAUAAUGAAAAUUUGAAGCCCAAGGAAGCCAAUGACAGUCGAAAGUUUGGGCCAGUUUCCAUGACAGGCAUAGUUGGCAGAGUCAUAUAUUGUUUACGAACAGCUGUGGAUCAUGGCCCCGUGCAGAACAGCCAUUCUAGCAUGAGAAAGGAUGCACCAGUUCUACAAGUUGAAUUGGAUGUCGAUGAGAUGGCAAAAAACCACAAAGCCUGAAGUAUGUCCUCAUAAAGCAAUGACUGCUAACUUGGUUUGUACCUACUUUCCUCCCAAUUGCUUAUCGGAUCAUUUUUCUUCUUUCUCUGUUCUUCCCCUUGUUUCGAGUACAAGAAGAAAAAUAAAGAUAGAUGGUUGUGAGUUUAUGGUGCUUGUUCAGGUGCUCCUACUUCAGUAAUGGCACGUUUAGUUUUUGCUGAAGAAUACAGAAGCGGCCUGUAACGAAUUUGAGUUUAGAGCGGUAUUUGUCUUUCGACGGAGUUUGGAACAGCGCUGUACUCCGAAAAACUAACAGAGAGAAGAGAAAACCUAGACGUUGUCAAGUUUUUAGACCUAUAUUUAAAUCCUUGGCAUGUCUGUGUGUUGAUCCUUCCGGCGGAAUAUACUUUCUUGUGUUUCAACAAGAUCCAUUUAUGCUUAGUUUCCUCUGUGCUACUUGCAUGCAUCAAAUCCAAAAUCUCAUGUUGUAGUA